GCUUAUAAUUUAAUUCUCCUAAAAACUAUGCGGGGUUGUCUAAGCAAGAAUAUAGUUUGGGGAAUUUAUUGAUAAAGCAUCGAAACUUGAGGGAGAAAAUUGAAAUGUGUGUCAUAUAUUUUUUAUGUCAGAGAUUAAGAUCGACCUCUCAAAUUGCCAGCUCCAAAGAAUUCUCAAUCUGCAAGAACGAAAGAAGACUCUCUCUCUCAGAGCUUCUUUCUCAAAAUCGAGAAAUCUCCCAAUUCAGAAGUUACAGGGCCGGAAGAGAGGAGAGGAGAGGAAAUGGGGCCGAAAUCAAAAUCUGAGAAAUUUUCUGCAGAAUUUGUAAUGGGAGGAGCGGCAGCAAUAGUAUCAAAGAGCGCUGCAGCACCAAUUGAAAGAGUGAAGCUUUUGUUGCAAAAUCAAGGAGAGAUGAUUAAGAGAGGCCAACUCAAAACACCUUACACGGGGAUUCGUGAUUGUUUCAAAAGGGUUUUUAGAGAAGAAGGUCUUUUUUCGUUUUGGAGAGGUAAUCAGGCCAACAUCAUUCGAUAUUUCCCUACUCAGGCUUUCAAUUUUGCAUUCAAAGGUUACUUCAAGGGCCUUUUUGGAUGCUCAAAAGAGAAAGAUGGUUACAUAAAGUGGUUUACCGCGAAUGUUGCUUCUGGAAGUGCAGCUGGGGCAACAACAUCGUUGUUUCUGUAUCAUUUGGAUUAUGCACGUACCCGUCUAGGAACUGAUGCUAGAGAGUGCCCGAUAAAUGGUCAACACCAAUUUAGAGGGUUAUUUGAUGUAUACAGAAAAACUUUGUCAAGUGAUGGAAUUUUAGGGCUGUAUAGGGGAUUUGGGGUUUCAAUAAUGGGAAUUAGUCUUUACAGAGGCAUGUAUUUUGGUAUCUAUGACACCAUGAAGCCAAUCAUUUUGGUGGGAUCUUUUGAGGGGAAUUUCUUUGCUAGUUUCUUGUUAGGUUGGAGCAUCACCACUGUAUCUGGAGUCUGCGCUUAUCCCUUUGACACUCUGAGACGGAGAAUGAUGCUUACUUCUGGAAAUCCCGUAAAGUAUCGCAACUCCAUGCAUGCUUUUCAUGAGAUCAUUCGUCUUGAAGGUUUUCAAGCACUAUACCGAGGAGUUACUGCAAACAUGCUUGCUGGAGUGGCAGGAGCUGGAGUACUUGCUGGGUAUGAUCAGCUGCACAGAAUUGCAGUUAAAUAUGGCUAUGUUUUGGAACCACGCCAGAAUACCAUGAAGUAAUCCUUAGCAUGCUAUUUGUACACUGCUGUAGCUUCAUUCGCUGAUUCUCAUGGUAAAUAGUCAUUGACAAUUUUGAGAAGAAAAGGAUAAAAUAGGGGGGGAAAGAUGCUUGUAAAAUAGACCAGUGAAAUUGAUUUGUUGUUCAGGUUUUGCCCUGAACGCCUAUGGAAUAUGAAGGGAUAGCUUCCAUGAUCAUCAUCUUGAAAACCAAAAUGAGCCGAAGGGGAAGACAAUGGCCUGGAUUAAACUAAAGGAUCAUAUGGUUCCAUCAAUGUAAUAAAUAUAUCAAUCAUUCAAGGUCUUGCUAUUCAAGGCUUAAUGGCCGAAGGGAAGAAACUGUAGGCCCCACUUUUUAAUGAAAUCCAGCUGGACCUUUUAUUAUUA